AAUUUCUUCAAGAAUAACUUCGAGGCCUCCUCAAUUUCUUGAUGUAUUCAAUACCUUCGCCUUAGAGACUAAUAUAGUAAUUGGGUUAGUCUUCUUAAUUUCUAGUCCUUUAUUCAAUCGAUCAUGUCAUCGCCCAGUCACUUACAUGGUUUAUGACAUUCAUCUAACUUAUAAAACUUGUAAACAUUUCCCCAAGAACAGCAUUUCAUCAGCUCUCAAUAAUUUCUCCUUUUCCCAGUCCAGUGCUUCUAUUAUUCAUGGAGAAAAUACAACACAAGCAUGUUGAUGUAGGGGAACUGAAAUUACAUGUUGCAGAGAUUGGAUCAGGUCCAGCUGUGCUGUUUCUCCAUGGCUUUCCUGAAAUCUGGUAUUCAUGGCGUCAUCAGAUGAUUGCCUUAGCAGAUGCAGGAUUUCAUGCAAUUGCCCCUGACUUCAGGGGUUAUGGACUUUCUGAUCAGCCUUCCCAAAUAAAUGAUGGCAACUAUGUAGAUCUCGUGGAGGAUAUGGCCGGCCUUCUUGAUUCCUUUGGCAUUCAGAAAGUAUUUGUUGUGGCCAAGGAUUUUGGAGCAAACAUUGCAUAUUAUCUGUGUCUCCUGCACCCUGAGAGAGUGAGGGGCAUUGUUGCAAUGGGAUUCCCUUAUAUGAGACCAGCCCAAGAAACUCUUCAGUUGGAUUUGUUACCACAAGGAUUUUAUAUAAGACAUUGGAAGGAGCCCGGAAGAGCCUUGGCAGACUUUGGGCGUUUUGAUACAGAAACAGUGGUAAGGAAUAUAUAUACCCUUUUCUCUGGAAGUGAAGUGCCAAUGGCAGAAGAGGGUAAAGAGAUCAUGGACCUCUAUGAUCCUGCAACUCCUCUGCCAUCUUGGUUUACAAAUGAUGACCUGAAAAUAUACUCAAGCCUGUAUGAGAAAUCAGGAUUUUCUUUCCCUGUGCAAGUUCCAUAUAUUACUUUUAUGAGCCACUGGGGAAAAUUGGCGGAGUUAAGUGAUUAUACUAUUAAAGUUCCAGUGCUUUUAAUUACGGGUACCAAAGAUUUUGUACUGAAAUCACCAGGAAUGGAGUAUUAUAUCAACAGUGAUUUCUUGAAAUCUCAAGUGCCCAAUCUGGAGGUCAAGUUUUUCCCAGAAGGGAGCCAUUUUGUUCAGGAACAAUUCCCUGAGGAGGUGAAUAAACUUUUACUUGGCUUCCUCAACCAGCAGUUGUAAUGCCAAAGUACUUCAAGAUUAGGCAUAAUAGCACCAAUGGUCAUAGUCAUAGAAAUAAAGAAUGGUGAACAAGUAUUUGUUUGUAAGGGGAUUAAUCAUUAAACAUUAAAUAACUAUGAUCUUAUAUUU